GACGGAAAUUGCGUCUAUAACUGCAGUUCACACCACAGUCCAGGAGGUGGCGGUUAAGGCACGUCAACUAGGUUUUACAGCGGUUCUAAAUAACAGUAGAAGAAGAAGAGGUUCUUCAACGUCCGCCAUUUGCUCAAUCAUCGCAUUUUUGUUGUUCACUUUAACAUUUAUUUGAGUAUAAACGCCAUUUAACCCCGGGGAAUCGAAGCCGAGACCGCACCACGUCAUAGCGGUGGUCAUGGCGGCUGACCGACGCGAGGACAAAGUGUUGUCACGUGUUCCAGAUGGAGAACUGAAUGUUUUGGAAGACCUCCUGACUGAAGCCCCAGAUCACGAUGAUGAGCUGUACAACCCCGAGAGUGAGCGUGACGUCAGUGACAAGAAAGGAACGAAGAGAAAGAGUGAGCGUUCCGACAGCCACGACCUGAAGAGGCUCCGCCCGUCGGUGGGCCACAGCUCCACCAGGUCGUCCUCUAAUAACAAAAGACCACCAGCUCCGUCUCUUCCCUCCUCGAAAAAGGGCGCGCCAAGCCCUCGUGGCAGGCAUCCUGGCAGCUCGAACUACCGACAGGAUUACUACGACGACCGCAAAGCUCGACGGGGGCCACGAGAGGCUCCACCGAGAAGCCGCGGGAGAGACGACACACGCCAGAGAGACGCUCCAAGGGGUCUGGAGGGUCUGAGCCAGUUGCGACGUGAUGAGCGGCGUCACAGCCCUACGCCCCACAAUGAACACAACCAAUCAGAGGAGGAGGCGGGAGAAGAAUACGGCUCCGAGGCGGGCUCCGGGAGCUCCUCUCCGGCUGGGUCCCACAUAGAGGAGGAAGAAGAGGACGACCAGGAAGAGGAGGAAGACGAGGAGGGCAUGGAGGAAGAGGACGAGGAGGAGGAGGAAGAAGGGGAGAAAGACGAAGAGGAUGAAGAUGAGGAAGAGGAAUACGAACGGAGGGUUGGCGAUGGAAACGACUAUGAUACUCGCAGCGAGGCCGGCGACUCCCGCUCCGCCUCCUCCGUCAGCUUCUCAGACGACGGGGAGUCGGCUCACUCAGGCUCCGCCUCAGAUGGCUCAGAAUCUGAGAAGAAGCAGGAGAAGUUGUCGUCGUCGGUGCGAGCUGUUCGAAAAGGGAUGGAAAAUCCCACCACUAAGCUGCGCUACAUCCUACGAGACGCUCGCUUUUUCCUCAUAAAGAGCAACAAUCACGAAAAUGUGUCACUGGCUAAAGCGAAGGGCGUUUGGUCGACACUGCCGGUGAAUGAGAAGAAGCUGAACGCAGCCUUCCGCGCAGCACGCAGCGUCAUCCUGGUCUUCUCCGUGAGGGAGAGCGGAAAAUUCCAAGGGUUCGCCCGCCUGUCGUCAGAGUCCCAUCACGGCGGCUCGCCGAUCCACUGGGUUCUUCCUGCGGGCAUGAAUGCCAAGAUGCUGGGCGGGGUCUUCAAGAUCGACUGGCUCUGCAGGAGGGAGCUGCCGUUCACCAAGACGUCUCACCUGUCGAAUCCCUGGAACGAACACAAACCGGUGAAGAUCGGCCGCGACGGACAGGAGAUUCAACCAGAUGUUGGUGCUCAGCUCUGUGCCCUGUUCCCAUUGGACGAGAGCGUGGACAUCCACCAGGUAGCCCGUCGAAUUCGUCACAAACGUCGGACACCUUCAGAACCUCGGCCCCGAGGCCGACCACCGCAGCGCGAACCGGGAAGGCGUCGUCCUGAAGAAUACGACCUCCACGGCAGAAAGCGUCCGCGCGCUGACGGACCUCCUGAUUUCAACCAACGCACAGGCUUUAUCCAGGACCUCCGUAACCAACCAGUGGACAGACGAUUCUCUGGCGUGAGGAGAGAUGUUUUUCUGAACGGGUCGUACGACUACAUGCGGGACUAUCACCACAGUGUUGGUCCUCCUGCUCCCUGGCAGACCAUGGCGGCGUACCCCGUUUUGGAGCAGCCGCCACCCCACCACCCUCCCUACUACCACCACAGCCAUCCUCCUCCCCCACCUCACCAGGCGUACCAUCAUCACCACCCCGCCAUGCCGCCACACGAGGCUCCUCCCCCUAGAUUCAGAGACAAACAGAGGGCGCCGCAGCACCGUGCCUUUGCCUCCAGCCCGCACGACUACGACAUGCGUGUAGAUGACUUCCUGCGCCGGACGCAGGCGGUGGUGAGCAGCCGGCGAGAGCGCGAGCGACAGCGGGAACGUGAGCGGGGGGGUCCACGACGUGAAAGGGAACGAGACCGAGCAAGAGACAGAGACAGGGAGAGAGACAGGGACAAAGAAAGGGGGCGGUACCGCAGGUGAUGUGGUGAUGUCACAUCCUGUCAGUAUUUUUCUUUUUUUACUUUAAAUGAAAAAUAUGAAAAAUUUUCAUCCAAUGUCAAAAUGUUUGAAACUCAGAAAACACAACUGUCGUACAAAAUACUUGUUUUAUUGUGAAAAGUCAAGAACAUUUUCUCCAGUAGGAAACUCAAUUUAAAGGUGGAGCCCAAAACUUUUUAAACAACUUUUUUUUUUUUUUUUUUGUCAUUUUGUUUGAUUUGGGUUUUUUGUUGUUUUUUUUAACCACUGUAAUUUUUUUAAAGUUCCAACCCUGCGUCACCCUCAGCUGGAUUUUAAAAGUCUGAUUUCUGUUGUGAACGUCAUCGUCUUGACAAUCAGUGGUGGAAAAGGAUCGUUAUUUGUGUUUUUGACCAGUUUCAACGUUAGCAAAACAUUUUCUCUCUGUUUGUGGACGAAGGAUUAAUGUUUGUUUUGUACAAAAUAAAAA